AUGCAUCCAGUCAACGAGAGAAAGGCGCGACCCUUCAGGGCGAUCGUGGUGGGGGCAGGCAUCGCCGGCCUCACACUCUCAAAUGCUCUUCAAAAGGCCGGUAUUGACCACGUCGUUCUGGAAAAGCAUGCGCAGGUAGUCUACCCCUCAGGCGCCAGUAUAGGCAUGUGGCCAAAUGGUGCCCGACUGCUAGAUCAGCUGGGGUGUCUGGCGUCCAUUGAGGAAACCUGCUCUCAGAUGACUGUUUCCUACACUCGCAACCCGGAUGGAAAGGUGAUUAUUCUCACGAUUUGUCGCAGACACGGGCACCGCUUUCUUCUCCUAGAAAGACGACAAUUCAUUCAAGCUUUGUUGGACUGUCUACCUACCAAGGACCCAAUUCGAACUAGAGCUGCGGUGAAAGAUAUUGCCGAGUCAGAGGACGGAGUACGGGUAUAUCUCAAUGAUGGGUCCUACGAGGACGGUGAUAUCGUCGUUGGUUGUGAUGGUGUAGCUAGCCGAGUACGCCAGAUCAUGUGGAAUCACGCCAACCAAGCCGUGCCCAACACGAUCACUCCCAAAGAGAUGCAAUCUUUGACGGCGUCCUAUAAGUGCCUGGUCGGACUCAGCCCAUCUAUGCCCGGGAUUGAAUCCGGAUCCAUGACUGUAGUCCAUAACAACGGCUUUAGCUUCUUAAUCCUAACUCAGCCGCAACUUAUUUUCUACUUUGUCUUCAUCAAGCUGGGCCAGACCUAUCGCUGGCCGUCGCUUCCCACGUACACUGCCGAGGACAUGCACGCUGAGGCUGCAAAGAUUGCCGCUCUUCCUAUCAAUGACAACCUGACCUUUGGGCAGAUCUGGGAGAAGCGCCUCCGCGGUGACCUGAUCAAUAUCGAAGAAGGGGUCUUCAAGCACUGGCAUUCAAACCGCAUUGUUCUCCUUGGUGAUGCAGCACACAAGUUCACACCCAACAUCGCCUUUGGCGGAGGCUCAGCCAUGGAAUCCGCCGCCACGUUUGCCAACAUCCUACGAGCGAAAUUACUAUGUUCCAAGGGCGAGCUGUCAUCCCACCCAACCCAAGCAGAACUAUCGACCAUUUUCCAGGCGUACCGCGAGCAGCGUAUAGGAAGAGUCAACUUGAUGUAUCUGCUGAGCGGCUUCAUGACCCGCGUACAGGCGUGGGCCAACCCCGUGUUCAAAUUUCUGGCGAGCCGUUGUUUCCCCUGGAUGAGCGAUAAGAUGGUGGGCGGGAUCUUCUCCCUGGCUAUUCAGGGUAGUGUGAAGCUUGAUUGUGUGCCACGGCGGGUGAAGCCUAGAGGGAAAGUGAAGUGGAAGGUCGACGUCAGCGCCCAGAAUCAGAGCCAGAAGUGGCUGGGCGGGAUGGGAUUGUUUGUUGUUAGC